AUGCCUCUGACUGAGGGGCCUUGCUCACACUGGCUGAUCCUGAAAGCGCCUCUCCUUUUCAGCUGGUUAACCCCGCUGAUGCACCUCGGCCACAAACAGAGGCUGGAUGAAAGCCACAUGUACAGCGUUCUUCCAGAGGAUGGCUCGGAGGCGCUGGGAGAGGAGCUACAGAGACUUUGGGAGCAUGAAGUCAAAAGGAAAUCGAAGAAACUUAAGAAACCAAAACUCACCCGAGUUCUCCUUAAGUGCUUUGGCAAGUCCUACGCGGUGGCCGGGCUGUUUGCAUUUUCACUGGAAGCCAUUAAGGUGAUCCAGCCGCUGCUCCUGGGAAAAAUAAUCCAGUACUUUGAGAGUUCCCGCCCAGACGAUCAGAGAAGCCUUCACAUGGUGUACGUUUACGCCGCGGCCAUGUCCAUCUCCACCUUUGGGCUGACCAUGCUCCAGCAUCUCUAUUACUAUCACGUCCAGAGAAUUGGCAUGAAGGUCAGGGUGGCCGUGUGUCACAUGAUCUACAGAAAGGCUCUUCGUCUCAGCACCGAAUCCAUGGGCCGAACAACCACCGGACAAAUCGUGAACCUCCUCUCCAACGACGUCAAUCGUUUCGACGAGAUUACGCUGAAUCUGCACUACCUGUGGGUGGGGCCUCUGCAGGCCGCUGUGAUCAUCGUCUUCCUCUGGCAAGAGAUUGGCUCAACGUGUCUGGCCGGGGUGGCGGCCAUCGCUCUGAUGAUGCCUCUGCAGACCUGGUUUGGGAAACUCUUUGGCAUCUUCAGGAGCAAAACUGCCGUCCUCAGUGACAGCAGAAUCCGCAUCAUGAACGAGGUGGUGUCUGGCAUCAGGAUCAUCAAGAUGUACGCGUGGGAGAAGCCGCUUUCAGCCAUGGUCAAUGAAGUGCGACGGAAAGAAAUCGGUCAGAUCCUAAAGAGCUCCUACCUACGGGGGCUCAACAUGGCGUCCUUCUUCGCCAGCAGCAAGAUCACCGUCUUCGUGACUUUCACUGUCCACGUCCUCCUGGGCAACUCGAUCACCGCCAGCAGUGUGUUUGUCACCGUGUCCCUCUACGGGACCAUCAAGCUCACGGUCACCUUGUUUUUCCCUCUGGCCAUCGAGAAGCUGUCGGAGACUGUGGUGAGCGUCCGCAGGAUUAAGAAUUUCCUCCUUCUGGAUGAAGUGGAUGUCAAAGGCUUUGUUCUGCCCCUGGAGGAAAGGAGAGAAAACUCUGUAGAGAUGGAAAAACUGACGUGCUACUGGGAUAAGAUUUUGGACUCCCCGUCUCUGGAGGAUAUCACGGUCACAGCCAAAUCCCCUGGACUCCUGGCUGUAAUUGGACCCGUUGGGGCUGGAAAGUCGUCCCUGCUGAGCGCCAUCCUGGGGGAGCUGCCUCAUUAUGCAGGGCAGCUGAGGGUCAAAGGUCGGCUGACCUACGCGUCCCAGCAGCCCUGGGUGUUCCCCGGCACCAUUCGCAGCAACAUCUUGUUUGGGAGGGAACUGAAGACCAAGCAGUACGUGAGAGUCCUGCGGGCCUGCGCUCUGAAGAGGGACUUAGAAGUGCUCAAAAAUGGAGAUCUGACACUUAUUGGGGACAGAGGAUCUACACUGAGCGGGGGUCAGAAAGCUCGCAUCAGCCUGGCAAGGGCCGUGUAUGAGGAUGCAGACGUAUAUCUCUUGGAUGAUCCUUUGAGUGCAGUUGAUGCAGAAGUUGGAAGAUAUCUAUUUGAACAGUGCAUCUGCGGCCUGCUAAAGAACAAGUGUUGCAUCCUGGUCACACACCAGCUGCAGUACCUGAGGGCAGCUGACAACAUUCUGGUGCUCAGGGAGGGUCACAUCAUUGGCCAGGGAACAUACAGUGAGCUGCAGAGCUCUGGCCUUGAUGUGGCCACUCUCCUGAGCAGUGAGGACCAGGACCAGUGGUCCUGUUCAGAUGACUUAGACCAAGUGUCUUUACGCAGCCAGAGGACUAAUUAUUCCCACAGUUCACGCUGUUCUCUCAACAAACUCCUGCCAACAGACAACAGCAAUGCAGAGCAGUUUUCUGUCGAGAAUGUCUGCAGCGCUGCAGAGGAGACGCGGGCCGAGGGGAAUGUUGGCCGCCAAGUUUAUGUGAAAUACUUCUCAGCAAGUUGUCAUCCUGUCGUUUUAAUAGCAGUAGUCCUGCUCUGUGUCAUAGCAGAGGCUGCAUAUAUCCUGCAGGACUGGUGGUUGGUGUACUGGACAAAUCAGGAGUUUUCCAACAGCACUGUUGCUGCUUAUCAGGGAAUGAAUGUGACCCGCUCCCACGGGGAGUUUAAUCUCACCUUCUACCUGGGCGUUUAUUCAGGUCUGACGGCGGCCGCCGUGGUCUUCGGCUUCAUCAGGAGUCUGGCGAUAUUCCGCGGCCUGGUGAAAUCGGCGCAGACGCUGCACAACGACAUGUUCAGCGCCGUCCUGCGCACGCACGUGCGCUUCUUCGACGUCAACCCCAUAGGAAGAAUCCUCAACAGGUUUUCCAAAGACAUCGGCCAGAUGGACUCCAUGCUCCCCAUGACCUUCGUGGACUUUUAUCAAAACGUGGGCGUGGUCGCCGUGGCGGCUUCAGUCAUCCCUCUCAUCCUGGUGGCCGUCGUCCCCCUGCUGCUGUUCUUUCUCUACCUGAGACGCUACUACCUCCACACGUCUCGAGACGUCAAACGCCUCGAGUCCACAACUCGGAGUCCGGUCUUCUCCCACCUGUCUUCGUCUCUUCAGGGUCUGUGGACCAUCCGGGCCUUCGGAGCUGAGGAGAGACUGAAGAAGGCCUUCGACGCCCACCAGGACCUGCACUCAGAGGCCUGGUUUCUGUUCCUGAUGACUUCCCGCUGGUUCGCGCUCCGCCUUGACAGCAUCUGCUCUGUGUUUGUCACCUUUGCUGCGUUUGGCUGCAUCAUAUUCAGAGACGGCCUGGCGGCUGGAGAGGUGGGGCUGGUGCUGACCUACGCCGUGACCCUGGUAGGGAACUUCCAGUGGACAGUGAGACAGAGCGCUGAGGUGGAGAACAUGAUGACAUCAGUGGAGAGGGUGCUGGAGUACACAAACCUUGAGAAAGAAGGACUAUUGGAAACUCAGAGUCGCCCUUCCCCUGACUGGCCAAGCUGUGGGAGGGUGGUCUUUAAUCGAGUGAACUUCUCCUACCACACAGACGGCCCGCUGGUCCUCAAAGACAUCAACGCUAUAUUCCAACCCAGCGAGAAGGUUGGCGUGGUGGGAAGGACCGGCGCCGGGAAGAGCUCCCUGAUCUCGGCCCUGUUCCGCCUGGCCGAGCCUCAGGGGGAGAUCUACAUCGACGGCCUUUUGACCUCUGAGAUCGGCCUCCACGACCUGCGGCAGAAGAUGUCCAUCAUUCCUCAGGAUCCAGUUUUGUUUACCGACACCGUGCAGCUGAAGCCCGUGGUGGAGGAGCUGCCCGGGAAGCUGGAGACGGUUCUGGCCGAGUCCGGCUCCAACUUCAGCGUGGGCCAGAGGCAGCUGGUGUGUCUGGCCAGAGCCGUCCUGAGGAAGAACCGCAUCCUCAUCAUCGACGAGGCCACCGCCAACGUGGACCCCAGGUACUCCAGACAGGAAAAAACAAGCAGGGAAUGUGAGACCACGCUCAGGUGCUCAGGAGGGUUUAACUGUGGCUGCUGCAGGACAGAUGAGCUGAUCCAGAAAACCAUACGGGAAAAGUUCAGAGACUGCACGGUGCUCACCAUCGCUCACCGCCUCAACACCAUCAUAGACAGCGACCGCAUCCUGGUUCUCGAUGCCGGGAAGAUCCACGCCUACGACGAGCCCCACGCCCUGCUGCAGGACCAGAGCAGCAUCUUCUAUAAGAUGGUGCAGCAGACGGGCAAACAGGAGGCGGCGGCGCUGCUGAAAGCUGCCAAACAGGCGUACAACAGCAGAAGUCGGCCCGACUUACCCAACGGACACGCAGAGACAGCCGACGGCAACCUGGUUAUCUUUGAGACGGCGCUGUGA